CAACCAGGUUGCCUGGCAACGGGAGCACGCCGACGGCUGGGGGGUGCCAGAAGACUGGAAGAGCUGAGGCAGUGGUCUCUGCAGAACUUCAUUUUGAAAGUCCUUUGCAUGUGGAAAGAUGGCUCAUGCCCAGAUCUCCAAGUAUCUUCCUCCCGAUAUCAACCCCACCAAGGCUGCCAUUGCCUAUGGUUGUAGGGCCCUGCCCAAGCUGAAUGAAGAGCUAAAUUCAGAAGACCUGCUGACAAGGCAGAAAGCCCUCAUGGCCCUCUGUGAUCUCAUGCAUGACCCUGAGUAUGUCUACGAGGCCAUCAACCUAGGCUUCCUGGAGAGCCUGAAAUCUUUGCUGAAGGAUGAUGAUGACGUGGUUCGAAUAAAGACCACCGAGGUGCUCUACAUCAUGGCGACUCAUAACGUGGGCAGAAAUGGCUUUUUAGAGAAUGAUAUCAUCCUUGCCCUGUCCUUCCUGAUGGAUGACCCCUAUGCACUGUGCCGGCAGAACCUGCACCAGGCAUUCAAGUACCUGGCCCAGCUACCUUCAGGGGCCCGUGGCAUUGUCGAUAACGGCUUGAUCUCCCCACUGGUAUUGAAGCUGCAGAGGGAGGAGGAGAAAAUCCAGGAGCUCAUCUUGGACACGCUGGCCUCCUGCCUGCAGGAGGAUGCCACUGAGGCUCUGAGCAGCUGUGCUGUGCCUUUCUUCAAGCAGAAACUUCUCAGUUCCAACAAAAACAUCCGCAGCAAGGCUGCUCAAGCACUCAUGGCCAUCAGCAUCCCUCUGGAGGGCAAGAACCAGGUGUGUAGACAUGAUGUCAUCCCUAUCCUGGUGCAGCUACUGAAAGAUGAGGAGGAAGAGGUACAGGCCAAUGCUGCUGGGGCUCUGAUAUAUGCCACCGUGACCACUGAAGGGAAGUAUGCAGCCCUGGAUUCAGAAGCCAUCCAGCCACUCCUGAAGCUUCUGUUCUCACCUCUGAUCAAAGUGCGCCUGAAUGCCACCAAGGCCCUCACCAUACUGGCUGAGGCCCCUGAGGGUCGCAAGCUCCUGCAGGGCCACGUGUUCAACUUCCGUAAUCUCAAGAUGGAUCAAAAUGAGGCUGUAAGGAGGGCAGCCCACAUUGCUAUCAAAGUGAUCGAAUGGAAACCCUGAGCCCCUCACUGGCCCAGAUCCAAUAAGCUACCUGUGUGCCUGAAUAAAUGGGCAGAAUCUUUA